GGUUCACAGAGAGAAGAGCGUUCUUCCUGGCGAUAACCAAGGCGAAUGAGGCGAGUGGUGUUUCCAUCACGUUGGCAGCGCAAAAAGUGUGCUUCGCGCAGCUUUUGCGGCGCACCACAUUCCAAUCGAACCCUUUCAAGGCCUCGGCUGCCCUCUACUCGAAGCCUCGCCAACCAUACACCAAACCUUAACUUGUUGGUUGGGCGUUCUGCGUUGUUUGCCUUGUUUGUCGACGACCGGACGCUCGGCCGAAUCGAGGGUUCUACUCUCGGGGGUGCAAUGCAGGGAGUCGUCGGGUUCGAGCAUGUGCCUUUGUGAUGAGAGGCGACCAACACCUACCGCUCAGGACCAUCCUGACCAACUUCCUGAACCACGUCGAGAACCUCGACCGCUGCGACGACGACAGCUACGAAAAGGAGUUCCAGAGUCUGAAGUUGUUCAGCGAAAACCUCAAGUCGGUGCCACACUUCUGCAGCUCCGAGGGCGAAAAGGAUGUCAACCGCAAGAAGAACCGCUACAAGGACAUCCUCCCCUUCGACUACACGAGAGUGAUUUUGUCGAGCGUGGCUGCCGUGCCCGGCAGCGACUAUGUCAACGCCAACUUCAUCAAGGGCGCCAGUGGCUCGCUGGCCUACAUUGCCAGCCAGGGCCCCCUGCCAAACACGGCCAGCGACUUUUGGCGGAUGGUCAUCGAGUGCGAGGUACAGGUCAUCGUCAUGGCCUGCAACGAGGAAGAAUCCGGAAAACACAAGUGUGAGAAUUACUGGGUGGACCGAGAGGGUGAGGAGAAAAAGUUGGGUCUGGCCACAAUCCGGCUGCUCAAGGCCAGCGUCGUCAGCCCCGACUUCCUCGUGCGCACCAUGCUGCUCACCUACCGCAAGAAACAGAUCUUAGUCGAGCGGACCGUAUGUCAAUUCCACUAUUCGGCGUGGCCAGACCAUGGCGUGCCUCCACUGGUGCGUCCUUUACUGGACAUGGUGCGGCUCGUUCGGGACACCCAGGCCUCGGAGACGCUGCCUGUCCUGGUGCACUGCUCUGCCGGCUGUGGUCGGACUGGCACCAUUUGCGCCAUCGACUAUGUCUGGGGCCUCCUCCGCGCUGGCAAACUGACGGCUGACUUCAGUUUGUUCAAACUGGUGCGCGACAUGCGCAAGCAGCGAAUCGCGAUGGUGCAGACCAAGGACCAGUAUGUUCUGGUGCACCGGGCAGUCCGCGAGUUGUUCCAGGAGCAGCUACGCAUGAUCGACGCGCACCCCUACGAGAACGUCGACCUGCACGGCCUCCCCAUCGCUAGGGAGGAGCACCUUUACGAAAGGGUCUCCCACUUGGCAGAAAUGAGUGUUGUGAAGGUGGAUGAGGGCACGCCCCUGCCGCCCCCGGGGGUUUUGCGGAGCGACCGCGAGGUGGAGGCGAUCACCGGGGGCGCCUGGACGGAGGCGGAGGACCUCCGGCCGGUGGACAGCGGCCUGAGCGCGUCUUCCUCGACCACUGACUCGACGAGCACCCUGCAACAGGACCCUGUCUUCAUCAGCAACCACGCCCACCCCUCGGCCAAGCUCCACAAACCCCGAAUAUCUAAGCUGAAGGCUCUCUUCGAACGGAACUCGCCCACCAAACCAGACACGCCCAGACCCAAGCAGCAGGUGACACGGAGCCACUCGUUGGGAGCGGUUAGGCGGCUGGCACAGGGCGACACCCCCGUCGCCAUCUACAAACGCAUUUUUACAAAUAAGACUGAGAAGAAAAAGACGCCGAUUGCGCGAAGCAAAUCGAUGAAAGUGGUCGGCGAGCGGCCGUCUGGAGGCCCUGGUCCGGCCCCUGAGGACGCCAAGCCUGACCUCAAGAGGCAGCUGCAAUUUCUCAUAGGCGGGGACGACGCGGAGGACAGGGUGGACGCGCCCAGGCCACCCAUCAAGUCCAUCCUGAAGCCGACCAGCCAACCUGAACACCUGACCCUGACCAGGAGCAAAUCGGAGGUCAUGUCGACGGGCAGGCCGAACGACUACGUCAAUGUCACUGACCUCAAUCACUGGCAGGGCGGCGCCCUCAGGGUGUUGCCCAUAAAUGGCCAUCUUCAGCAGCAGGAGGUGUCCAAUGAUUUUGAGGCGCUAUCCAUUGAGGUGCAGCGCAAGGUGGACACAAUCGUGAGCGGGCUGGGGGUGCGCGAGCGGCGCAGCAGUUUCCGCAAGGCCGUCGACCAGGACAACCGGCCUGCGAAAAACUACGAGAAGAUCUGGCCGCAGGCGUACGGCCGCAUCCAGCUGAGCCAGAAGGAGCAGCUGCAGCAGCUGGCCCAGGCCAAGGCGCUCAGCUCGCGGCCCCCCCACCCCCGCGACGUUGUCGCCAGACUCUACGGACCCCCAACAACCUCCGAAUUCACCCCCGCCGACUCAGUAUACGCCGCCACUAAUGGCUCAGCAGGUGAAAACCAUCCUGUGGCGCCGCCGAGAACAAAGCGCCAGGGUGCCUCAGGGUCGUCAUGCAAGGACCCCAUCUACGCCAACUCUCAGCAGCUGGACGCGUGGCACGGGGCGCCGGGAGUUGACCUAGAUGCGGUGGCCGCCAGCAUUGGCAGACCUUCGGGCUCAGAAGCGUCCGACAAGAAGGUCGAGACAAAGCCGUCGGCUCUCAGGACGCACCAAAAUGCAGACCUGCGGCCCUCAGGUGCACUGCCCCCGACCCCGAGGCGUCAGCAGCAAUACCUUUAGUGCGGCCCGAAAGACUUAAAGCAUCACUCCCCUCUCCCCAUGUGAUAAGAUGACACACAACUGCGAUUUACUGUUUUUUGUCCCCUAAUGUUUCCCUCCCAUUCUAUCGUUGUGAUACUAUUUGAUCAUUUGCCUGGAAAAAUUCAUGUGCUAAAAGAUUUUGUUAAAAUUAAUUUACUAAUAUACAAUUAUUUUAAAAAUACAAAUCUUAUUUUAAUGUUCAUAAUCUAUUUAUUGAUAUUCUCAAAUUUUUUUAUAAUUUAAAAUUAAACGUCUCUUUGUGAAAUAAAAAAAAAUAUUUACAAUGAAAAUAAA